CUCAAUAAUUGUUCAGAAUUCAGUACAUAAACGAUCGCGAACCAGAAGCAUUCGUCGUCUUGGAUUACGUCGCAUCGGAACUCUCUCCUACGUUUGGUGUUUAAUUCACACUGAUAAAGGAAUUCGGAGAAGAAUAAAAUGGACGUCAAUCGCAUCAUUUUCGGGGGGAUGAGAUCACAACCGAUCACAUCGACGUUAUCGAUGCUCAUAAGUGCGUUGCUAUACGUCAUAUAUUCGAAUGUUCCUUACUCUUCGACGAAUGUUCCUUCCAAAUCGCUAUUGCGAGAUUACGAUUUCAUAGUCGUGGGCGGUGGUUCUGCAGGUGCCGUAGUAGCCAGUCGCUUGUCCGAAAUGGAGGAUUGGAACGUACUCCUCCUCGAAGCAGGUGGCGAUGGAAGUGCUGUGUACGAUAUUCCUUCCCUUGCCGAUAAUCUACAGCUCAUCAAAAUCGAUUGGCAAUACACGACGGAACCCAAUAAUAGUUACUGUCGAGCGAUGGAGAAUGGUCGUUGCCGCUGGCCACGUGGUAAGUUGCUUGGAGGUAGCAGUGGAAUAAACUCCAUGCUUUACGUCCGUGGUUCCAAAAAAGACUACGACAUCUGGGAACAACAAGGCAAUCCAGGAUGGUCGUAUCGGGAUGUGCUGCCAUAUUUCCUAAAAUCCGAAGACAAUCGAAAUCAAAGCCUCGCCAAAACACCGUAUCAUUCGACCGGUGGGUACUUAACCGUCGAAGAACCACAAUGGCGCACUCCUCUGGCCGCUGCGUUCAUUCAAGCCGGCCGAGAAAUGGGUUACGAGAGUAGGGAUAUUAAUGGAGAACGACAAACUGGCUUUAUGAUUCCUCAAGGCACCAUCAGAGAUGGUAGCCGUUGCUCCACGGCGAAAGCCUUUUUGCGGCCAGCCAGGAAGCGGAAAAAUUUACACGUCGCCAUGGAAGCGCAUGUUACCAAAAUUUUAAUAGAUUCGUCGUCGAAGAAGGCUUACGGCGUGGAGUUCGUUAGAAACGGGAAGACGAUGCGCGUACGUGCCAAAAAGGAGGUGAUCGUAUCCGGCGGAACUAUCAAUACCCCCCAGUUGUUGAUGUUGUCAGGAAUAGGACCUAGAGAACACUUAUCGGAACACCGUAUACCAGUGAUUCAGGAUUUAAAAGUGGGCCAUAAUCUUCAAGAUCAUGUAGGAGUGGGAGGACUUAUGUUCUUGGUGAAUGAGGAAAUUUCGUCCAUAGAGAGCAAAAUAACUAAUAUUAGCUAUAUCCUAGAAUACGCCAUGUCCGGAGAUAGUCCUUUGUCUACCAUAGCAACAGUGGAGGGAACAUGUUUUAUCAAUACCAAAUACGCGAAUGCCUCCGAUGACUUCCCAGACAUACAACUGCAUUUUAUGUCAUCGGGACCAAAUACCGAAAUUUUUAGGGAAGAUCGUGGACUGACCAGAGAAUUUUACGACGCCGUAUAUGGAAAUCUUACUGGUAGUGGCUCGUGGAGCGCGUUUCCCGCGCUUUUAAGACCAAAAAGCAGAGGUGUUGUCAAGCUUCGAAGCAAGAAUCCGUUCGAUCAUCCAUUGAUUUAUCCGAAUUAUUUCAAGGAGCCAGAAGACAUGGCGACAUUGGUUGAAGGAGCUAAGUUUGUGUACGAAUUGAGUCAAACUCAAUCGUUUAAACGAUACGGAAGCAAAAUGAAUCCGACACCAUUUCCUGGCUGCAAGAAUAUUCCCAUGAAUAGCGACUCUUUCUGGGAGUGUAUGGCCAGAUAUCUACCCGUGACUAUAUAUCAUCCCGUGGGUACUUGCAAAAUGGGACCUAAGUCGGACGCGAAUGCCGUGGUAGAUCAUCGACUUCGGGUUCACGGAGUUGCUGGACUUCGAGUCAUAGACGCCUCGAUUAUGCCAAACCAAGUGAGCGGUAAUACAAAUGCGCCAACUAUUAUGAUUGGUGAGAAGGGUGCUGAUAUGGUUAAGGAGGAUUGGUUGAACAGACAGGAUUGAGAUAGAAGAUUACUUUUGUAAAUUUAUUUUAAGCGACAUUCGAAGAUGGUAUCUCGCUGGGGGUAUCCAUCCACGUGUUAUUUAGCAAAUAUGUCAAAAAAAUUAUCAUAUGUUGAGCUGCACAAAUUGUAAAGUACAAAUUAAAUAAUAAAGAUAAACAAUUUUAAGGGA